AUGGUCAAGGCAAAUGAAGAUUAUCUUCGGCGGCCGCUGUACGUGUACGAUUUGCCCACCGAAGUUUUGAACAAUCUGUCGCUCAAGUCAGAUGUCGAUGCCGAAGCUGAAGCCGCCGCCGAUUCUGCGAACUCGUCCCCUCCGAAGAGUCCCUCAUCGUCAGAUACCAACCUUGUCGGAACACAAGCUUGCUCUCUCUGUGGCCUCGCGUUCACGACAGUGAUCGACCAGCGCGGACAUCUCAAGUCCGAUUUGCACCAUUACAACCUCAAGCAGAAGUUGCGGAGUCAAAAAGCUGUGUCCGAGGCAGAGUUCGAGAAGUUGGUUGGAAAUCUAGACGAAUCAUUGUCAGGCUCUGAUUCAGACGAGUCGGAGGAAGAAGAGGACGAUGGCCGGCAAGAAUCAACGCUCACUGCACUCCUGAAGAAGCAGGCAAAGUUGGCCGACAAAGAAGGCGGCGAAGAUGAAGACACUGCAGGUCAGGCAGGCCGCGGCAAGGCACCUCUGCUCUGGUUCAGCUCUCCUGUGCUCCCAGAAAAGACCUAUUUCGGAAUGUAUCGCGCCAUCUUGACAGGCGACGAGCAAAGAAAUCAAGACCUGGUAGAGGUUUUGAGGAAGAAGCAGGUUGAAGCCAUCUCAAUCCCCAAGAACCUGAAAGACGGCGCACUGCCAGAGAUUGCCUACAAGGGCCCUCACAUCUUUCUCUGUAUGAUCGGAGGUGGUCAUUUUGCUGCCAUGGUUGUGUCUCUUGCCCCGCGGCCCAACAAGAACGGAAUGACCAUGAACCGAGAAGCGACUGUGCUGGCUCACAAGACCUUCCAUCGAUACACAACGCGACGAAAGCAGGGUGGUUCCCAGUCAGCCAACGACAACGCGAAAGGCGCCGCACACUCGGCUGGUGCGGGUAUACGACGAUAUAACGAACAAGCCCUGGUGGAGGAUGUAAGAAACCUACUCCAAGACUGGAAGGCCCUCAUCGACACAUCAGAGCUGGUCUUCGUUAGAGCGACUGGAAUGACGAAUCGGAGAACGUUGUUUGGCCCUUAUGACGGACAGGUCUUGAAGCCCAACGACACUCGACUGCGAGGAUUCCCUUUCAGCACACGACGAGCGACGCAGAAUGAACUCAUGCGGUCAUUCAUCGAGCUGACACGGCUCAAAGUCCGCGAGAUCGAGCCUGUACAGGAAGUUAAGAAGGAUACAGAGUCAGCAAACCCAACAAAGACAACCACGAAGCCCUCGAAACCUAAACUGUCAGAAGAGGAAGAGACGGCUCUGCUCCAUACGUCCCAGCUCCAAGCAUUUGUGCGAAGAUCAAAAGUCCCCGCGCUACUCACCUACCUCAAGAACAACAAUAUCACUGCCGAUUUUGAGUUUCAGCCCGUGGAGCAGAACCACCACGCACCACGGCCACUUCACCUUGCCGCUGCCCAGAAUGCUGCACCGUUAGUACUAGGUCUUUUGGUCCGCGGCGGCGCAGAUCCCACCAUAAAGAACAACGAGGGCAAAACCUCCUUUGAACUCGCCGGCGAACGUUCAACGCGCGAUGCCUUCCGCGUUGCCCGUUCUGAACUUGGAGAAGCCAAGUGGGCUUGGGAUGAUGCCAAGGUGCCGCCUGCCAUGACAAAGACCGAAGCUGAUAAACGUGAGGAGCGGGAGAAGAAAGAGGCUAGUGAUAAGGAGGCCGAGCGCCGGCGUGCUGAAGAGGAGAGACUGCAGAACGAAGGGCCCAAGGUUCCUGAAGGACGAAAGCAAAAGGGAAAUAUCUUGGCGGCGGGGCUCAAGCAAACGCCGCAGGAGAAGAGAGAGGCCGAGGCAAGGGGGCUGACGCCUGAGAUGAGGAUGCGGUUGGAGCGUGAAAGGAGAGCGAGGGCUGCGGAGGAACGACUACGGAAAAUGCGACAGGAUGGAUGA